GCCGGCCGGCCGGGCGGGCGGACUCAGGCUGCGCCCACUCCAGUGCCACUGAGCGCAGAGCCAGGGCGGAGCAGGCUGCGGCGGCCGGAGCUGGGGGGCAGCGCAGAGGGCCCCGAUACCCCAGCAGAUGGACAUCAUGUUGCCUGAGGGAGACUCUAAAAGGACAGGGGAGAAGGUCAGAGGCCAGGAUCCCGGGGAGCAUCCUUCAGUCACACUCUUUCGAGAGUACCUGAGGCUCAAGACAGUCCAGCCCGAGCCCAACUAUGAUGUGGCUGUGCGGUUCCUGGAGCGGAUUGCAGCUGAGCUUGGCCUGGGGUGUCAGAAAGUGGAGGUGUGCCCGGGCCGGGUUGUCACCAUCAUGACCUGGCAGGGCACGGACCCGCAGCUCCGCUCCAUCCUGCUGAACUCGCACACAGAUGUCGUGCCGGUAUUUGAGGAGCACUGGACCCACGACCCUUUCGAAGCCUUUAAGGACUCUCAGGGUAACAUCUACGCCCGCGGGGCCCAGGAUAUGAAGUGUGUCUCCAUCCAGUACAUCGAGGCCAUUCGGAGGCUGAAGGCCGAGGGGAAGCGCUUCCCCCGAACAAUUCACAUGACAUUCGUGCCCGACGAAGAGAUCGGGGGCUUCAAGGGCAUGGAGCUGUUUGUGAAGCGGCCCGAGUUCCAGGCUCUCAACAUUGGCUUCGCCCUGGAUGAAGGCCUGGCCAACCCGACGGACACCUUCACUGUGUUCUACGGGGAGAAGUGCGUCUGGUGGAUUAAAGUCAAAUGCGAGGGGAACCCAGGCCAUGGAUCCCAGUUCAUUGAGAACACGGCUGCUGAGAAGUUGAACAGAGUGAUCACCUCCCUCCUGCAGUUCAGAGAGAGUGAGAAGCAGAGAUUGAAGUGUGACGAGCACCUCACCCUGGGCGACGUCACCUCCCUCAACAUGACCAUGCUGAGCGGGGGCGUCUCCUUCAAUGUGGUGCCCUUGGAGCUGUCCGCCGGCUUCGACAUCCGCAUCCCGCCCACUGUCAACUUGCAGGCAUUUGAGGAGCAGCUCACAGUCUGGUGCCGGGCAGCUGGAGAGGGUGUCACCUACAAGUUCUACCAGAAAUGUAUGGAUCAGACAGUGACCUGCAUCGAGGAGUCUGACCCGUGGUGGAAGGCAUUCAGUGGGGCCUGCAGAGACAUGCACAUUACGCUGAAGCGUGAGAUCUUCCCGGCCGGCACAGACAGCCGCUUUAUCCGAGCAGCUGGUCACCCGGCCCUCGGCUUCUCCCCCAUGAACCACACCCCGGUACUGCUGCACGACCACAACGAGUACCUCAACGAGCGAGUCUUUCUGCGGGGCAUCGAGAUCUACACCUGCCUCCUCUCCUCCUUGGCCAGCGUCCCCCCUCUGCCGGCGGAGGGCUGAGGGGCACAGCAGGAGGUGGGGGAUACUAAAGUGAGAGACGGGGAGUGAAAAUUCAUGGGGGCAGGGGGCAAUGGACAUACAGGGGCUCGGGUAAGAAGCAGCUGCCUGGGGAUGGGCAGGACUCCAGGGUUCCUUGGUGGCAGCACCAUGUGCAGAACUACCCAGCUGUGCCAGCCCAGAGGGGCAGGUGCCUGUUGUGUCCGGGGGAAGGGGAAGCUUGUGUCCCUGCCUGUGCUCCAGGUCCCCUGAGCCCAUCCAUGGAGCCUAUGGAAUUACACCCGGUGUCCAGCUUUCCAGCCCAUGGCUCUGCAAGCUGGGGGGGGGGCACGACAUGCUGGGCUUUCUCCCAUUGCUUGCACUGGGGGGUGGGGAAUACACCUCGAAUGCCCCAUGCCCCUGCCAGGCAUUUACCUCUUCACCACAUUGCAGCAGUAAUGCAAGCCCUCCCCUCCCAACGGGGUAGGCCUGGGUCCUGGGGUCUAUACGGGGUGGGGGGAGGGUUGCAGCUGUCCAUCCCAACCCCUCCAAGGCCCCAGAGCCCCUCUCCCUGCUACUCCUAGCCCCAGAUCUCUGCAGAGCCGCCUCCAGGGAUGGGCCAGGGCCAUGGGGCACCCUCUGGGCAGCCUGCCCCUCCCUUGGGCCCCCUUGGCUCUCCCUGCUCCCAGGGCUAAGCAUCACCACUUGCCCCAGGCAGAGCAGGGAUCUGGAAGCGGGUGUAGCUGUGGGUGGGUGCAGGCAUUGCAAGCAGGGUGACCUAGCGGAUAAGGCACUGGACUGGGGCUCAGGAGACCCGGGUUCCACUUCUGGCUCUAGCCCAGACUCCCUAUGAGACCUUGGGUGAGUCAGCUGAACAAUGUGUGCCUCCCUUCCCCGGAUGAUCAUUCCCCCAGGCUCCUGGUGUGCUGCUCUCGGAGCCUUGGCUGGGCGAUGCUUUGUACCUGCCGCCUACUGUCAUUAAACCACCGGGGGCGGGGAGGUGGCAGGAAAGCAGCUGGGAUGGCACCUCCUCCCGAGUGCCCCAGACUGUCACUGCCCAGCAAAGAGGGUUUGGGGCUAAAGCCAAUUGCUGCGAAAGCUCCAGGCAGGAAUCAGCUCUGAGCUGGCAGUGGCGAGUCUGGCUCAGCAGGGGUGGGUGUUUCCCAGCCAUACUGGGGCUAGCAGCAGGGCUGUGGGGGGAGGGGGUGCCCAAGUCCCCUGUCUGUGUGACCAUGCUAUGAAUUUUCAUUCCCUGGGGCAGGAAAGCAGCUGGGAUGGCACUUCCUCCCGAGUGCCCCAGACUGUCACUGCCCAGCAAAGAGGGUUUAAUUGCUGUCUUAAUUAAUCACUGCAUUGGUGAAUGCAAAUCAGAGCACAGUGCCUGGAUAGGCUGCUGCACGUGGCAGCCUAGAGUCCCAGGCUGGAGGACUGGCCCCAUCUCAGGGGGUGGAGAAAUAUCUUCUAGCACAUCAGAAAGCCUCAAUGGGGACUCGCGUUCCAGAUCCCCAUUCUCCAGCUCCAGCUCUCUGGCCUUGGCCCCAUCACCCAGGCAGGAGCUUGCUGCGGUCAGGGGCCGGUGGCUACCAACAGGGGGUCGAUGCUCAAGGACAAUGUGCCGCCCUCACCCGCCUACCUGCAGCAGCCCAUUGUCCCUUUGUGAGCCAGUCAUGGAGCGAGAGAAACCCUGAUGGGCCAGGCCUCUGCCUGGUGGAUGUCUGGGCAUAGGGAGGUUGGCAUCCUGUUGGGGGAUGGGACAGAUUGCAAGGGGCAGGCUGCCAGCCUAAGACCCAAUGGGUAGGGUGGGCUGAUGCUGAGCAGCUCCUUUGCUGGAUCUGAGGAAAGUGGUGGGCCUGCAGAGGUCGUUCCUCAUCUGUGUGGGGGGGGUCUGCCUACCCGAGCUCCCCCACUCCAGCGUUAACGCCAGUUGUUUGGGCUGGGGGAUCAGGUCUGGUUCUUUGCUGACCUUGUGCCAAAGCUGCCAGCUGUCGGUGUGUCUCUCCAUGGUGCUUGUGAUUUUACUAAUUAAAGCCAUUUGAUUGGAAAGAACA